AUGUGCAAGAUUCGUAACACUAAGUGCAGCAUCUGCAGUCCCUUUCCUUUUCUUCACAAGUAUUACCAACCAGGAGACUUCAUCAUUGCUAGUAUUAUGUCUCAGAUCUCCAUAUUUUUCAACGCAAUAGACUUUGAUAAAUGUCCUUCUAAUGACCUCUUUGACGACAUUGUGGUUAUGACACAGCUCUACCAACAUAUCCUGGCAUUAGUAUUUGCUGUAAAGGAGAUCAAUGCAAACCUCCAAAUCUUACCCAACCUCACCCUGGGCUUCCACAUCUAUAACAGCCAUUUUAGUGCAAGCUGGACCUACCGUUCCUCCUUGGAACUCCUCUCUACAUACAGCAGAUUCAUCCCCAACUACAAGUGUGACUCACAGAAUGAACUAGCAACAGUCAUUGGAGAUCCGAACUCUGAGGUUUGUCUUCAUAUGGCAAGUAUACUGAAUAACUACAAGAUUCCACAGCUCAUCUAUGGUCCUGCUCCAAUGAGAAAUAAUGAAAAUGAAGUUGCCUUCCUUAACCAAAUGUUUCCAAGUAUAGACCAUCAAUAUGAAGGGAUUCUCAUGUUACUGCUACACUUCGGAUGGCUAUGGACUGGUGUGUUGAUUGCGGAUAAUGAGAAUGGAGAGAGUUUUCUACAGAGCGUGGUUCCAAAAUUUAUUCUGAGAGGAAUCUGCUUUGAUUUCAUAGGAAGAUUUCCAACAAUGUCUUAUACUAAUGGUAUUACAGACUUAGUUGCAGAUGGGCUCAAGACAUUUAAUGUUGCCAUGAGAAGUACUGCUAACGUGUUGAUCAUUCAUGGGGAAAUUGACUCCAUGACACUUUUGAGAAUGUUUCCUGCUAUGUCAGAAUAUGAAGAUAUACCAAUAAAGGCUAAAGGCAAAGUUUGGGUCAUGACAGUUCAGAUGGAUUUCACAUCACUUCCCUAUCAGAGAGAUCAGGACAUAGACUUCCUCCAUGGUACUCUAUCCUUCACAAUUCACUCAAAGGAGGUCUUGAGAUUCCAGGAAUUUGUUCAGAUGAGAAAUCCCAUCUUGGAAAAAGAAGAUGGCUUUAUGAGGAUAUACUGGGAAAAGGCAUUUCAGUGUCAUUUCCCUGACUCUGAGGGAAAUAUGCAGGAUGGCGAUAUUUGCACUGGGGAGGAGAAGCUGGAGACUCUUCCUGGCUCUAUUUUUCCAACAAGCAUGACUGGCCACAGCUAUAGCAUCUACAAUGCAGUCUAUGCUGUGGCACACGCUGUGCAUGCCAUGCAGUCAUCUAAGUUGAAGCACAGAGUGGAUGAAGGGCGGCUGAAGCUUUGGAAUCAACAGAUGUGGAAGCUCAACCACUUUGUUAAAAGCAUCUCAUUUAAUAAUAGUGCUGGGGGGAAAGUUUCCUUCAACCAAAAUGGAGAGUUAGAGUCUGGAUUUGAUAUUAUAAACUGGGUCACAUUUCCAAACCAGUCCUUUCGGAGAGUGAAAGUUGGAAAGAUGGACCCCAUGGCUCCCAAAGAAGAAGUGUUCAGAAUUUGUGAAGAAGCCAUUGUGUGGCCCAGCAGGUUUAACCAGGCCCAGCCUCUUUCUCUUUGUAAUGCCAAUUGUCCUUUGGGUUAUCAAAAAACAAAGAAGGAAGGGAAACCAUUUUGCUGCUAUGAUUGCGUAUUAUGUCCAGAAGGGAAGAUUUCCAACCAGACAGACAUGGAUGAAUGCUUUCAUUGCUCACCGGAUCAUUACCCAAAUGUGGAAAAGGAUUCAUGCGUGGCAAAGGACAUCCAUUUCUUGUCUUAUGGGGAACCCCUGGGGAUCUCUUUGGCCUGCUUUGCUGCUUCCUUGUCCUUCCUUACAGCUUUGGUGCUUUGGAUUUUCAUUAGGCACCGGGACACUCCCAUCGUCAAAGCCAACAACCGCAACCUCUCCUACACUCUCCUUAUCUCCCUCUUGCUUGCUUUCCUUUGUGCUCUUCUAUUCAUCGGUCAACCUAAGAAAGUGACGUGUCUCCUUCGACAAACAGCUUUUGGCAUCAUCUUUUCAGUGGCAGUUUCUUGUGUGUUGACAAAGACAAUCAUUGUGGUCCUUGCUUUCAUGGUCACCAAACCAGGGUCCAGCAUGAGGAAAUGGGUGGGGAAACAACAGGCCACUUCCAUUCUUCUUUCCUGUUCCCUGAUUCAAGCUGCUCUUUGUACUAUGUGGUUGGCAACCUCUCCCCCAUUUCCAGCUUUAGACAUGUAUUCAAUGAGUAAAGAAAUUGUUCUGGAAUGUAACGAAGGGUCAGUCACCAUGUUCUACUGUGUCUUGGGGUUUAUGGGCUUGCUGGCCAUUGUCAGCUUAGCUGUCGCCUUCCUAGCCAGGAAGUUACCCGACAGCUUUAAUGAAGCCAAGUUUAUCACCUUCAGUAUGUUGGUAUUUUGCAGUGUGUGGCUGUCCUUUGUUCCAACUUAUUUAAGCACCAAAGGAAAAUAUAUGGUGGCUGUGGAGAUUUUCUCCAUCUUGUCCUCCAGUGCUGGUUUACUAGGCUGUAUAUUUUCACCAAAAUGUUAUAUUAUUGUGAUGAAGCCAGAGCUGAACAACAAGGACCAGUUAAGAAGACGAAAUCACUGA